AUGGCCAAACAACUUGGUUUGUCCGCAGCUCAUCUCAUCAGUUUGAACUGGAACAAACCUAAUCCUCAUCAUAAUCUUGGUCGAAUCAAACCACCAAUCAACAAACCAAUCUCCAAGUUGAAGUUCAAAUUGAACCCAGAAACGCAAUUGCAACAUCAUGCGAAUUUAAAAGCACUAGCUCAUCAGGAGGUGAUGAAGAAAAAGCAGCAAAAAAAACAGCUAGCUGCUUCUUCAGCUACUGAUAAUAAUAUUGAUGCUUGUUGGAUUGAUUUAUAUGUUCCGGAGAAAGCCAGGCCGUAUGCUUACCUUCUGAGAUUAUACGAAAGCGUCGCGCCGUGGUUAGUAGGGUGGCCGUAUUUCUUGUCCCUGGCAAUGGCAACUGAAACUGGAGCCCUUCUCGACCUCAAGAUGUUGGCUCGUUUCUUUCUUAUUGCUUUCAUGGACAGAAACAUUCUUUUGACCGUUAAUGACCUUCUUGAUCAGGAUAUUGAUGCCAAGGUGAUCAUACAUUCUUCUUCUUUCUUUUUUUUCUUAUGA